CCCUUCCUUUCAAGUUGAUGCAAAACUCACCCGCAAAAAUUGUAUUUAUUCGCUGCGGUGCAGCUCCAGGGAGGUUUCUGCCAGUCUGCAACUGCCAGGCAAGGAGCUGGCAAUUUUGAGAACCAGCCCUGCCAAAGGCUAAGCCCAGAGAUAGGACAUUUGGGACAUUCCUCCUGGGAACGUGCACUGGGGGAAGAGAGAAGAUUCAGGAGAAAAGUUGGGUUUUUUGGCGGGGGGGGGAAGGGGACGAUUGUCAGAUUGUUUCUUAGGUGCCAGAGAAAUUCAGGCACCCAGAAAGAAGGGGUUUGAGAGUUUUUUCUUGCUUGGUUUUUUGAUAAGCGGGAAAUUGUGGACUUUGCGAUUUGGGACAGGGCACGUCCAUGGAUGUGGUUUUUCUUCAUCGGUAAAGGAAGCAAUUUGCCAAAUUUCCGAUGUAUGGGUAGAUUUGAGCAGACAGCUUUGGGAAUCUGCACAUGUGACAUCGGAAAGACUAGAGAGAGCCCAAUUUGGCGCCCUGCAACAGAUUCCCUCUCCGCUCCUCUCUCGUCUUGCGCUCCAGUCCUUCACCUUUGGCUCUGCCGUUGUUUUGAAGGGGCCUCCACGUGCUCCGCGACUCUUGACCCUCCAGCCUUUUUGCCAAGCGAGGAGAUGAAACAGGGAACGCCAGCCGACCUUCUGCUCUGAUCCGGCAGUUAAGAGCUCGAGUUUUCGUUUUUGAGGACCUGCUGGCGGAGGGGAGUGAUCUCCCAGCGUGGGUCGCUUUGGUGGGGCUGACUUUGAGCGGGACGUCUGAAGGCAGAAUUGCUGGCGAUGGUUACACGUGGCUUGCAAAGGGAUUAGCUUGGUGUGGCCAGGAGUAAGCUGGGUUGGGUUUCCAGGAGAAACCACCGCAAGGCGACCCCAACGCUCCAAGUCUGACCCGCCUGAUUUCCACCCCAAGAGGGUUUCUUCUCGCUUGCGUUCCCCAUUUUGAAGAUGACGCCCCGAAAAGGCAGGAGGCGAUACUGGAGUUGGUUUGUCCUGGCAAUGCUGAUAUGCCAAGAAUUCCCCCAUUUCCCACUGGUGGUGGCCAAGAAAGAGCGGAAGAAACCGAAGGACCCUAACCAAUAUGCCGAGGCCCUCAACACCACGCUUUCCAACAGCGAAGAAUUAAAUGGACACUCCAAGAUGCUUGAGUCCCCAGACCCGCGCAUCACCGAUCCACGCCGGACAUGGUUUCAGUUUGUACAGCGUCCGGGUGAAGGCAGCAACUCCAAAAAGAAAUGCAAAGGAAAAGACAAAAAACGUGGUCUUGCUGGACCUCCAGGCCCCCCUGGUCCUCCGGGCCCCCCUGGUCUUCCUGGGGCUGAAAUCACCCAUGAAGUCUUAAUGCAAGAAUUUAAAGAAAUGUUAAAAGAAGCUACUGAACGGCGGGCAUCUCCAGCAUUACCGGGCCACCCCAGUGAGAUGCCCGUGGUGUUGCUUCCUCUGGAGGAACUGUCCCCCUACCGGCGAGUGGAGGAAGCCUUCCACUGCAAACUCAAGGGGCAGAUCAUUGUGGACAAGAAAACCUUGAUGGAACUCCAGAACUUUCAGAUGCCUUUAGCCAAAGGGGCUUUUCUCCGAGGAUCUGGAUUAAACUUGACAACUGGGAGAUUUACAGCUUCGGUAUCUGGCAUUUACCAGUUUUCAGCCAACGUCCAUGUAGACCACAGUGAGCUGAAAAGUAAACUGCAGCUUCGAGCAAGAGACAAUGUCCGGGUCCUGAUCUGCAUUGAAUCCCUCUGUCACCGAUAUACAUCUUUGGAAGUUAUUGCUGGGCUGGAAAGUAACAGUAAAGUUUUUACUGUGUAUGUUCAUGGAUUGCUCCAACUCCAGGCUGGACAAUACACCUCAAUCUUCGUGGACAACAGCGCUGGUGCCCCUGUUACCAUUCAGAAUGGAUCCGACUUUAUGGGCAUGUUCGUGGGAAUCUAAUUCCCGGACAACCUGCAACAGAGAAUGGAGGAGGAGAGCACACAUCCGGACAUUGAUGGACAAGCUUGAGUUUUGAACACUGCUGCCCAGAGGACCAUCUUCUCUUUGCCAUUAGUGUUCUGCAGCUGAACGGAGCAAAUGUCUUUUUCUUUCAGGGGCAUAGCAACAGCCCAAAAGAAAGAGAGAGGAUGGUCCUUAACACUGAAUCCAAAACCCAGAUCUAGUUUCCUUCCACUGGCAGAUUCUGAUUUGCCAUCCCAGUUGAGAUCCAAUGAAAUCCCUCUCCUCUAAUCCAGUUAAGGCUAUGGGGGGCUGUGAAUAUGCUGGGCAUCAGAGCUUGUUUGUAGGCCCAAUGUUUUCCAUAUAUUGCAUGCCCAGGUAUCUCCUAGAUAGGUGGGAGCAGAAAAGACCUGUCUAAUCUUUGGAAAGCUGCUGCCAGCCCGUGUAGACAACACUGAGUUGAUGGACUAACAAACUAGUAUUUCUUAUGUCCUCCAUCUUGUGAUCUGAAGUAGCCAAUCAGACAGCUCUGAGAAAUGCCUCAGUGGGGCAGCAAAGCCCUCUCCCUUUUCUGCUGUUGAUUCCAGGCAAACGGUAUUCUGUGACAUGCUGGGAAUGGCCCGAGUUUACCUCUGUUCCAAUUCAUAACAUUUUCUGAUCCUCCUCCCUUAGUCUGAGGAUUCUGGACACUUUUAGAUUUACCGUAACAUUUUAAAAAGUGCUUGCAACCUAGGGCAAGCUUAUGCUCAUGGACACGCAUGCCACAGCUUGGCCGAAAAAUUCUUCUGGCAAGUCAUUCUAUCAG